CAAAGCAGCCCCACUCCUCGUAGAGAGAGAGAGAGAGAGAGAGAGAGCAAGCGAUCGGUCGGUCAGUCGCGAUGAAGAAGCGAUCAUCAUCUGGCAAGCAGAAAGCGCCGCCGUCACCGAUGCCUUCGCCGUCGCUACCUCGCGAUUCUCUGCAAUCCAUCUUCAACACCAUCGCCGCCGGCGACGGCGCCGGAUCGUCGCGGAAGUCCAAAGCCAGAGGCCGCCUCCACCGCGGAAUCAACGGCGACGACACCUCCGGCCGGCCUCCGCCCCCGCCUCCGGCGAGCAAGAGCCUGACCUCGAUCAGCGAACUCAAGGGCUUCGCUUCCUCGCAGCUCGACGAUCUCAAGCGCCGCCUCGAUGACUCGCACUCCGGGAUCUCCAAGGACGUCGAGGCCUCUCGCUCCCGCCUCCACAAGCGCUUCAAGAAGCAUGCGCAGGCAAUUCAACAAGUCGCGGAUGAAGCAGACAAGGAGUAUAAGAUGAUAUCUGAGCAGAUCAAUGAAACUCGAAAAGCUAUGAAGGCGACAUUCGUGGGAUUCAUGGAUGGUGCUCAAGCCAGCACAUCUCAUGUGUGCAAAACAUCCAUCCCGGAGCUUUCGCAAUCCUUUGACAAAGCCAUCAAUGCCCUCCGCAGCCAUCUUGGAGUCUCCGCACGUUAGUUGAUAUUCAUGAACACCACUUGAUUUGCUGAACUCCAUCCUUCACUCAUGCAUUGGCCCCCUUCUUGUGUGAAUUGCUUUGACUGACUUUGAUCAUUACUGAACUCCAUACACCCAAUUGAAAGAGAUUCGUAGGUUCACUAAUUGUGACGACUAAGCCGAAGCAGCGAGAAGGCGAGCUGGAUCUAUUUGCCUAAAGGAAAUAAAUGAUACGCUCGGUUGACACAUUUCCUCCA